GAAAUCCUAAAAGGCUUUCCAGAGGACGAAAUUCUGGGCUGGAACUUUCCAGAUAAGCCCUCCCUGGAGCUGGAAGAUAGAAGGACCAAGUUACACCCUGGAAGAAGCUCUGUGUCUCCAGAGGCCUUUUUGCCGGACUGUCCCCAUGCCUCUCCUCCUCUUGCUGCUCCUGCUGCCAAGCCCUUCACACACCCAACCCGUCUGUAAUGUCAGCAGAGUGGACAGCAGGCUGGAAAUGAACUGUGAAAAUAUGGGGCUGAGGGCACCACCUCCAGAGCUGCCAGCAGAAAUCAACAUCCUCCGCCUGGAUGGGAACCCCCUGGGCAGCUUCUCCCUGGUGUCUGUGGUGAAUCUGACUGAGCUCACUCAGCUGCACCUGAAGAACACCCAGCUGACCAGCCUGCAGACUGACGCGAAGCUGCCCCACUUGGAGACCCUGACCAUAUCCCACAAUAAUCUGAGAAGCCUGCCCUUGCUAGGACAGGCACUGCCGGCGCUCUACAAGCUGGAUGUCUCCUACAACAAGCUGACCUCCUUGUCUUCUGAUGCCCUGGAUGGCCUGAGCAACCUCCACGACCUCAACUUGCGUGGCAACAAGCUGAAGUCUCUGCCCCCCCGGCUCCUGGCGCCCACAUCCAAGCUGCUGAAGCUCAACCUGGCUGAAAACGGGUUGAAGGAGCUGCCCCCUGGCUUCCUUGAUGGGUUGGAGCAACUUGACACCCUCUACCUCCAAAAGAACUGGCUGAGCUCGAUACCAAACGGCUUAUUUAGGGACACCCUCCUGCCUUUUGCUGUUUUCCACGAUAACCCCUGGUCCUGCGACUGCGGGAUCCUCUAUUUCAGCCGCUGGCUGUCAAACAACCCCACCAAUGUGUACAUAUGGAAGGAGAGUGAAGACACCAGUGCCAUGACCCCCAGUGUGACAAGCGUGCGAUGCAGCAAUUUGCCCGACACGUUCGUCUACACCUUCUCAAAGAAGGACUGCCACGCCCCUGGCGACGCGGACAGCCUAGACUACGAUGAGUAUGAAGACGGUGACGAGGGGGUGCCUGCCACAAGGGCUGCGAGCAGCUCCCCUACCCACCCCCGCGACCACACCACCCACUGGGGCCUGCUUCACCCACUGCUGAGCACUUCACUCAGCCCCCAGGUGUCCUCCUUGCCUCCAGCUAAGGAACAGACCAUGUUCCCAAUUACUACUGAACCCAUCAUGUUCUCGAAAACUGCAAAGCCCACCACUGAGCCCCCCACAACCCUGACCACGCCAGAGCCCACAAUCCCGACCACGCCCGAGCCCACAACCCUGACCACCCCCGAUCCCACAACCCCGACCACCCCCGAGCCCACAACCCCGACCACCCCCGAGCCCACAACCCCGACCACCCCCGAGCCCACAACCCCGACCACCCCGGAGCCCACAACCCCGACCACCCCCGAGCCCACAACCCCGACCACCCCCGAGCCCACAACCCCGACCACCCCGGAGCCCACAACCCCGACCACCCCCGAGCCCACAACCCCGACCACCCCAGAGCUCACAAGCGAGACCUUAGAACCAACCAUCUUCUCACUCUCCACAGCACCCAUUUCACUGUCUAUCUUAGAAUCCACCACAACCAGCAUCUCUGAAUCUGUCAACCUCCAGAAGGCCCAGGGCAGGGCUCAGGAUAGUUCCAGAAACGACCCUUUUCUCAACUCUGACUUUUGCUGCCUCUUCCUGGGCUUCUACAUCUCGGGUCUCCUCUGGCUUCUGUUUGCCUCUGGGGUCCUUAUCCUGCUGCUGUUCUGGGUCCGGCAGCUGAAACCACAGGCCCCGGCCACAGCUAUGCACAGCACGCAUCUAGAGCUGCAGAGGGGGAGGCAAGUGACAGUGCCCCGGGCCUGGCUGCUUUUCCUCCAAGGGUCGCUCCCCACUUUCCGCUCUAGUCUUUUCCUGUGGGUGCGGCCUAAUGGCCGUGUGGGGCCUCUGCUGGCAGGACAGCGGCCCUCAGCCCUGAGCCUGGGUCGUGGUCAGGACCUGCUGGGGACGGUGGGCGUUAGGUACUCUGGCCACAGCCUCUGA